AAAAAAAAAAAAAGUAAAAUCAACAGAAAAUCAAAAAUGGAAUUUAACUUACUUUUGUUCCUUUUAACCACAAUUACUGCUGUUGCUUUAAGUCAAAUACUAACGAAAAUUCAAUUAUCUUUCAUCAGUGGCCAUAAUGAUCUUUUUUGGGAAGUAAAUGAAACUGAUGUUGUUUUAAACAAACAAGGCGAUAACUGGAUAAUUACUGAAGACAGCCGCAUCUUACUCAAUGGUAUUAUUGGCAAAUACGUCCAAUGCAAUGGUAAUGGCAAAAAACUCACUAUUGAAUCUUAUGAUGAAAAUGAUGGUGAUGCCCAACGUUGGGAAUUCCCACUUGCUCCAGGAUUUUAUGAAUACAUUUGUUCCAAAAAAUAUCCUGACAUAUGUGCAACAGCAGCGUUUAAAGGAAUUAGAGGGUGGUCAGUUAUUGCUUUGCCUAUAGGGAAGUGCGGGAAACAGUGGUGGAGCCGUAGUAAAUCACAAGGGAAUUAACAAUUUCUUCAUUAUUUUAAAUGUUACUUUAUAUUAUCUGUUAUUAUAUUGUAAUAUUAGGAUUUAUUUAUAACAUGUGUAUGAUGUAUAGUAUACAGCAUGGGUGUGUAACUGUGCAUCAGAAAAAUGCUUAUAUGACAAUUUUUUAACUCAAAAUUUUAAAUAAAAAGUUAGAUCUGAAAUCAA